CGAAGGACCGCACCGUAAUGAGGGACGGAUCAGCUCGUAAUGUUGGCGAGAAAAGCAAAAUGUGUUUGACAUUAGAAAUGAUAUUGUUUCUCGACUGCUAGUGUCUUUCUCAUGUUAACACAUUGAUGUAAUUUCGGAAAAGGAUGGACGUUUGUUGUGUAAAACCAGCAGAAACCUGGGUGACGCCGAACCCCCUGGCUGCAGAUGAUACGAAAACGACAAAGUUUUUGGAAUGCAUUUCUUCAAAAAAUGCUCGGUGUUUAAAGUGGUGCUGAGUGCCCUGCUGAUCGUAGCCCUGCUGCAGCUCAUCUACCUGUCGUUCCUGUCGAAGCUCCACGGCAAGCAGCAGCGCUACAAGUAUUCCGAGCUGUUUGGCUCCAAAAGGAACACACCAACCAGUGAGAAGAAUUCCAAACGGGAACGCCUGAGAUACUCCUUAUCCAGCGGAGGCAUCUUCGACAGCAGCGGUCAGUACCGUGUGUACAAAAACCUGAUCAAGAGUGACUUCUCCACCAACCAGAAGCUGGGCGCAGAUCCACGAUCUCAUCACCUCGCCUUGGCGACGCACACAACCAUCAACAAUCUUUAUCAUUUAGAUUCUUUGCUUGAACGCUGGCAGAAUCCUCUCUCCGUGGCUAUUUUCGCUCAUGGCCAGGAUGUCAAGUUUGCCACGGCCCUUGUGUACGCCCUCAGUCUCUUCUGUCCACGCGUCCAAGCCUUGGUGGAUUUCCAUCUGGUGUGCCACUCGGAGGAGAUGGCGAGCUUUCCUGAACAAGACAGGGAGCACUUUGCCGGUCUCGAGGAACAAGGUUGUACUGGAGUCUUUGCUAAACUCGAAUCCUACCGGGACCAGUACAAGAACUACGCCAUGGGAAGAAACGUCUCCUACCCCAACAACCUUCUUCGCAACGUGGCCAGGACAGGCAGUGAUGCUGCCUACAUCCUUGUCCUCGACAUUGACAUGGUACCCAGCGCAGACCUGCAUCAUCAGUUUGUGAUGAUGCUGAUGAAGCAUGAGCCGGCCCCGGACGAGGUACUGGUCCUGCCUGCUUUUGAAAUUAGGCACACACGCAAGAUGCCUGCUUCAAAGUCUGAGCUUGCACAGCUGUACCUGGUUGGUGAGGUGAGGCCCUUCUAUGAAGAACUGUGCUUGCGAUGCCAGGCACCCACCAACUACUCCCGCUGGAUAAAUCUGGUUAGUAAGAGCUCCGGGCCUUUAGAGGUGGCAUACACGCAGAACUGGGUCGACCCAUGGGAACCCUUUUACAUCGGGGCUAAAUCAGUGCCACUGUAUGAUGAGAACUUCAGACAGUAUGGCUUCAACCGCAUCAGUCAAGCCUGUGAGCUUCAUGUGGCAGGGUUCAAGUUCUCCGUGGUGAGUAACGCCUUUGUGGUACAUCGGGGCUUUAAGGUUCAGGGCGACUUCCACAGCCGCAAGGACGAGGAGAACCGCAGAAAUCGACUGCUGUUCCGCAGCUUUAAGGAAGGUUUGAGAAACAAAUAUCCCAAUUCCCCUCGCCACUGCUGAGACCUGGAUCUCCUGAGGAAAACCCGUGCCUCAUUAGUGAAGCUUUAAGGUAUCGUCAAGUGGAGAGGAAAUGAGUCACAGUGCUACACACCGAUGCAGAAUUGCUGCAUACAUAAUAUACUACAUAAAGGACUCUCUGCUACAGUUACUGAUGGUCUGAUGUCAUGGCACACAAUUUGAACUUGCAUACUAACAGUAUGUGACAAUCCAGGUUUAGAAAUUGUGACAUGGAUCCUAUUAAUUAUUUAGUGCAUUCUACACUGAACGGAGAACAGGGUCUCCGUUAAUGUAACACUUGAAAUAAGACACAAUGCCAAGGAUAUUUAAUUACUACAUCUAUUAUCUGGUUACAUCCAUAUGAAAAGUUCUCAGUCGAUAUGAAAGCUUUAGUUGUGAAGAGGAACAUCUAAAGAACAAUAUUCCUGUAGUAUUUGUGUUUUUACUGUGGAUUAAACAUUCACAUCUUUUCAAGCCAGUACACUUUAGCUGUUUGUUUUGUUUUCGUGUUAUUUACUUAACUAAUCACAGAAUUUGGUCUUUUCUUCUCUGCGUGACCACUACGAUAUUAUACAUAGAAACCAUGAACAAUGGACAACAUUAAACACUCAGUGUAAGAUAGGGGUGUUUCCGAAGGUUAGAAAAGGUUAGGUUAGAAAGGGGUGUUUCGGAUAGGGGUUUUUCCGAACGUUAUAAAAACACUAAAUCAGAAGAAAGUUCAAUAUGUAGUACUGUAAUGAUGAUGUACUGUAGUGUAACUACACAGUACUUAAACUGAGAUUGGAAAUCAGCAUCUCUUUACGUUUAUCCGAAAGCGAAAGAAUGUUCUAAAAGCUCAUCUAAAGUAGGUUAACACUGUCAAGCAAAAUGCUGUUAGUUAUAUUUUUAAAGUUUAUGUAUUCUAUGUUGGCCUAGAAUUAUUUGCCUAGGAGAUGAGACUGAAAGAAAGUGACUUAAAUUAUGAUUACUGUGUCUAAAUGGUGUGUUGAAUUGUAAUUUAUUUAACAGCAAUGUAUGUAACAAAUAUUAAAACCCCAUAUUAUUAUGAUCAUUAUUAUUAUGUCCAUAUAUAUUAUUAUUAUUAUAGAUAAUAUAGCAUUGGUGUUAAACUAACUAAAACUGCUCUUGCUGCUGAAUAAAAAAGAACAGUGUUGAUUGUUGCCAUUUUGUCCCUGAAAUAGUCUUGUUUGUAGCAUUUUUAUGAUAAUUUUCUUACAUAAACCACUGUUUUUCAAAACUUCUCAGUAAAAUGUGAAUGUACAUAUCCUUAUUUAAUUUAUUUUUGCAAGUGUUCUUUGGUAAGGUCUGUGUUAAAUAAUAUAUUUAUUAUUAUUAUUAUUAUUAUUAUUUCUAACACUAACACCAUGGUUGAUCAGUGUUUUCCGCUACAACUUGACCCAAGUCACAAAGGCUGGUGUACACCAAUAACGAUUUAACAGCAAAGAAAGUGUAUAGGAGCUGAUAUGUGGGGAUUUCUCUCCCUGUGUUUGUCACUGUGCCUUUGUUUCCGUUUGUAGCACUUUUAAAACUAGUUUUGCUAAUGUGAUCAUUUCUUUUGAUGCAGUGAAUUAUAUAAUGACACUACUCUGUAUUUGUCAGUAUUUGAGUAAUGCUUGAAUUGUAAGUAGUGAUGGGAUGUUUUAAUAUAAACUAAUAAAUGAAUAAAUAUGUAUGAAUAUUA